AUGGCGGAUUUUAGCAUUGUUCGAGAGUGUGGUGUCUUCGACGAGAGCUCGGUUAUCAGCCUCCAAGCCGAGCUCAAUGUGGAGGAGCUCGCUGCGAAACGUGAGAGUCGACAUCGAAUUCUUCGGUUCCAACGCGACAAGCGUGAGAAGGAGCUGCCGACGACAGAGCAAUUGCCUCUUCACGAGAAGUCAGCAGCGAUAGUCGCAGAGUCUGGACACCAGGUCGCUCCCAGAGACUACGACCGAGGCGCCAAAGGAGCCUUGGAAGACGCCAACUGUGUGUUUGAGGGGAGCCUCAUUUCACCGGAUCUUUCGUGCAAAUCGGGUGAGGUCUCGAUGGAGUUGGUGACGAAGGUUCGGGACGCUGAGCACUGGGUGCAAGUGCUGGAGAGCAGCGAAAAGAAGUUAGUCUUUGUUGACGUGCACAAGGAUUGGUGUGGGCCAUGCAAGAUCGUGGAGCCGUCCUAUAAGCGCUUGACUACGGACAUCGAGCACGCAGAGCGUCGAGUCAUGUUCGCGACCGACCGCAAGCAGAUCGCAGAUGUGGAUGGAGCGAAUGCAUCGCUACUCGAGCAAUCAGUUAAACAACAUUUGCCACCGAUCGGGAACGACGAUGAAGAAAACUAA